CUGUAUGGUGACUGAAGAUCAAAGUUCAUCUUAGUCCUGAAGUCUCAGCGACGGCCAUUUUCCUUGUAGUGUUUCUCUCUCUGUUUUUAUUUUAUUGAUGAUUUAUUUUCAUCUAGACAGAUUUCGGGGUCUUCACUGAAGAUCAUACGAGGUGUUUUUGUGUUUUUCUCUGUGUUGUAAGCGUAUGAGGAUUUUUACAGAUGGACUCCACCUGAGCUGUUUAACUUCAGAGCCGUCGAGGGCCGCAGGCAGUCUCAUGUCAUUCACACAUCUGAAGAUCUUUGGCAACACUAAAUGAAUUUCAGGCGAGCUGAAGACUCGAUGGACGUUCUUGGUGAAAGUGAAGCUCUACAGCAGUUCUUUAAUGGGCAGGAUGUUAGUGGUGUACUGGACAGCGCUGUAGUGGACACCAGUAUACUGGAACAAUACUUGACCAAUGAAACAGACCACACUUUCAUGUUACCUGAAUCACCGCCAGACUCCGGCUCAGAGCUCAGUUCUCCUCCACAACUAUCAGUAGGUUCAGGAUGGCCCGUCGUCCACAGUCAGGACUCAUAUAGUCGGACACAAGUCUCUUACACUACAGCGAGUCUCUUUACAGACAGAAGACAGGAGCGAUACGUCACUUCAGGACCUCCACAGACCCACAGGAGUCACAUCAAAGCCGGCUCUCCUGCUUCAGUUCACAUCUCAUGUGAUUCUCGUCUAGUUCCUCAAUAUCUGAACACAGUCGAGCGUUACACACACACAGAUGUGUCCAGUAAUUCAUCCGUCAAUGAUGUUCAACAGCAUCAAAGCACACAGAUGAGUUUUCAGAGAGGUAACGCUGCUGCUGCUGUUCCUUCUCAGUGUUUCUCUCAUACUUUACAUCCAGACUCUCUGUACCCAUCAACAAAACAAGACCAAUGUCAAGGAAAUAUCUUACAUGAAAGUAAGAAGAGAAGGCGAUCAGAAUCUCUUGAUGGGAACACAGAGCACUGCAGAUGGGGCGACACCGUUUGGGUCAAUCCAUCAUCCUGUGUGGAUAGAGGAUCAUGUGAAGGAUUAUCUUAUGACAGUGAUGCUCCCGGUGGACAUCAGUUGUUGUCGUGGGACAGAUAUCAGCCCGAUCAGUGGUCCACGCUUUACAACAGCAGAUUUGAAACACUAUCACCUCCAGGUUAUCAUGUAGAUGCAGAUAAAGGCUUCAGCUACUCCACGCCUGAUGAAACGUUUGUUUGCCAGAAGAAGAAUCACUUUCAGGUGACGGUUCAUAUAGGGAUGGUCGGCGAUCCCAAAUAUGUUAAAACACCGUCGGGUCCUGUGCCUGUGGAGAGCUUUCAUGUAAAAGUGUUCGGGGUCAAGCUAGAAGCACAAAGUCACAUCAUCACUAUUGAGCAAUCUCAGUCAGACCGCAGCAAGAAACCUUUCCUGCCCGUCAAAGUACAAUUACCCGGAGACAAAAUCACUAAAGUAACGUUAGGCCGACUGCAUUUCAGUGAGACCACGGCCAAUAACAUGAGGAAAAAAGGCAAACCCAAUCCUGACCAGAGAUAUUUCAUGAUGGUGGUUGCUCUGUACGCCACAGUGAAAGAAGAGAAAAGUUUCCUGCUGGUUGCCAGUGUUUCAGAAAGACUCAUUGUCAGGGCGUCCAAUCCCGGACAGUUUGAUAACGAUGCUGAUGCUCUUUGGCAAAGAGGACAAACUCCAGAGGCCGUCGUCUUUCACGGAAAGAUUGGCAUCAACACGGACAAUCCUGAUGAAUCCUUAGUGGUUUGUGGGAAUGCCAAGAUAAUGGGCAACAUAAUGCACCCUUCAGACAGAAGAGCCAAACAAAACAUUCAGGAAGUGGACUCAACAGAGCAGCUGAAGAGAAUAGCACAGAUGAGGAUCGUCGAGUACGAUUAUAAACCUGAAUUUGCCUCGCACAUGGGAAUCGAUCAUAUUCAUGAAACGGGUAUCAUCGCACAGGAGGUGAAAGAGCUUCUGCCGUCUGCGGUCAGAGAGAUGGGUGACGUCACGUGUGUUGAUGGAGAGACUAUCGAUAACUUUCUCAUGGUGGACAAAGAGCAGAUCUUUAUGGAGAAUGUGGGUGCUGUGAAGCAGUUGUGUAAACUCACAGAUAAUCUGGAGACUCGAAUUCAAGAGCUUGAAGUCUGGAACACUCGCUUGGCCAAACUGAAGACUCUGGGCAGCCUGCGAUCCAAUAACACCUCCAACCCUAAACGCUAUGAAUCAGGGAAAAUCAACAAAAACAACAACACACUUCCGACACUUCCACCACCGAAGACUUCAUCCAGCAAAGGCUUCUUUUGUGGAAAAUAUCACGACUGUCUUCAACAUCGAGUAUUUCAAGCCAGUAUCAUCAUGCUUGUGGCGACUAUGGCUCUUAGUGUCAUUUCUAUAACGGCUCUCUAUUUUUUGACGUUAGAUGAAGACAUGGGCAACAACAGUCUUAACACCAGCGAUGUUGUGCCGCCUUCACUCACGACAGAUACACUAACUACAGUGUUCUUCACUUCUCCUCCUCCUCCUCAUUAUCCUCCAGACAUUGAUUUCUCAAAUGUCUUUUAUUCUGAUGAAAUCUAUUGCUGUCCUUCAAAUCUACUUCAUAAUCACAAUGAUACAGACGGCCCUUCAGACGCUCCAUCACCCAGAAAAACACUAAAAGAGGAGUGGAUAGAGAAACUACCAGAUAUACUGAAAAACUCCACCGACUGGAAAAACACAAGCAUACGCUGUAUCCUCAUCACACAAAACCUGCAGGUGAUUGAUCAACAGUACUGUGGCACAAAGAAUUGUGGGAAGGGAACGUACAGUUACGACAUCCCGCUCAGUAAACACAUCCCACCUAACAUGCCCAUCACCCUUGAAAUGACUACAGAUGAGUUGCUGGUGGUUUAUUUGUGUUCAUAUGAUGAAAGAGAGCAAUGCUUUACUGUACUCGACCUCAGCGGCCCGAAGUCAAGCACCGCUCUCAACACACAGGGUUACGUACAUAAAUGGACGGUGGCCGCAGCCAAUCACUAUCGCUCUUCUUAUCACUUCCGGGUUGCUGUAGCUGGUUUGGCCGAUUGUAGCACCGAUCCAAACUACGCUGAGUUUUUAUUCACUGACUAUAAUCUGCAGUUUUACCGACGCUGUGACUGAUCGACAACACAACAUAACACAACACAACACUGCUGUGAAGUUGUGUAUUGUUGCCAAUAUAUAACAGAGACUUAUUCAGACUGCUUUGCUUUCUUAGACUGAACUCAUUUUAAAUGUAAACCUUCUGCAAAGAUGUCGUGUUGUUUUGACAUCUGAAGAUUAUUUGGAGAACUGUUUAAUAAUGCAAGAUGGUUUAUACAAUAUUAUUAUUUUUGUAGUUGCAGAUGAAUGUCAGUUUUGGUUAUAAAUGUUUACAUGAAGGGAGAACCUCAGAAACCCCUCACAUGUCCUUUAACUCAAAGUAUCAAACAAUAAAAUAAAGAAGUAGAAAACAAGUCGUUAACAAAUCUAAAUGAAGAUUACAGAAGUUUAUCUGAAAGGGUUAUAAGAUUAAGAUUUUAUUAUUUGUAUAACUUUGUUGUUUGAGUGGAAACGCUCAGCUAUAUCAUAUUGUUACCAUUACUUACUCAGCAAUACAAUAAAGCAAAUAAGUUUA